UAACUGCUGACAUAGACUUACAUACAAUAUUGUAUGAUAAGGCAGCAUCUGACAGCACUGAAUGCAGAUGGUAUGAGGUACCAAAUUCCAGAUAGGGAAAAUGUUGCUAGGAGACCUGACAUCAGCUAUUUAUUCCACAAUCAGGCAGUAUCCCACGUGUGUCCCUGCUCAGUAUAAAACCAGUGGGAUCUCAUCCUUUGCAGAUUUUGCAACGAGGCUAGAAAAGUGUGAGCUCAACAGAGGUCUACCCUACUGUCAGACCCAUUCUAACCAUAGAAAGAUCCCAGAACUCAUCACCACCUGAACCAUUAUUCACUUGAUCAUGACGCCCCAAUGUUCUCUGGACAGAUCAAUUUCCUUCUCAGUAGUUCAAAUGAAUUUAUUAUACAUAAAUUAUCACCCCAAGGCUACAUUUGAGGUGAGGGCCAUUUGAAGAGCUUUUCACACAUCAAGAUGUUCCCUCCAGACGUGUGGAAUUCUACGGACCUGAUGUGGUUCAAUGCGUCUGAGUUGAAUGCUUCUCUGGAGGACCCGGAGGAGGGGGACCACCCGUUCCUGACGGACGCCUGGCUGGUGCCUCUCUUCUUCGCCCUCAUCAUGCUGGUGGGGCUAAUUGGGAACUCGCUGGUCAUCUAUGUCAUCUCCAAACACAGGCAGAUGAGGACGGCCACCAACUUCUACAUAGCUAACCUGGCUGCCACAGACAUCAUCUUCCUGGUGUGUUGUGUCCCGUUCACAGCCACUCUCUACCCGCUCCCUGGAUGGAUAUUUGGGAACUUCAUGUGUAAAUUUGUUGCUUUUCUUCAGCAGGUGACUGUUCAGGCUACAUGCAUCACCCUCACUGCCAUUAGUGGGGAUCGCUGCUAUGUCACAGUGUACCCUCUAAAGUCCCUACGCCAUCGCACUCCACGAGUCGCCAUGAUCGUUAGCAUCUGUAUAUGGAUCGGUUCCUUCAUUCUAUCCACCCCGAUCUUCAUGUACCAGAGGAUUGAGGAGGGCUACUGGUAUGGACCGAGACACUACUGCAUGGAGAGGUUUCCCUCUAAGACCCUGGAGAGGGCUUUCAUCCUGUACCAGUUCAUAGCUGCCUACCUACUACCUGUCAUUACCAUCUCCUUCUGCUACACACUCAUGCUGAAGAGGGUGGGCCAGCCGUCAGUUGAGCCAGUAGACAAUAAUUACCAGGUCCACCUGUUGUCUGAGAGGACCGUCACACUGAGGAGUAAGAUCUCCAAGAUGGUGGUGGUGAUUGUCCUCCUUUUCACCAUCUGCUGGGGGCCAAUACAGCUCUUCGCCCUGUUCCAGUCCUUCUACCCCAACUACAGGGUCAACUACGCCACCUAUAAGAUCAAGACCUGGGCUAACUGCAUGUCCUACGCUAACUCCUCCAUCAACCCAAUCGUUUAUGGCUUCAUGGGAGACAGUUUCCGCAAGUCCUUCAAAAAGACUUUCCACUUCCUGUUCAAACACAAAGUGAGAGACAGCAGUGUCACGUCACGCACGGCUAAUGCAGAAAUCAAGUUAGUUGCUGCAGAGGAAGGCAACGACGAAGGGAAAUGAGCCUUGGGCUGAGUGAGCUGCUGGGGGGGCAAAGCUGAG